UGGGAAGUCCUUCAAGCCUUCCACCAAGCUGGAGGAGCCCAAGCCCAGCAGAAAGCAGCCCAGCACAUGCCUCCGCUCGGUGACGGCCAGAGCAAAGGCAGACCCCAAGUUUGGGGAGAUCUUCCGCUUCGACACCCCUGUGCUGAUGUGGGACCAGCACUUCACCCCGGAGACCUGGGACAGGCUGAAGACACGACACGUCCCCUAUGGCUGGCAAGGCUUGUCCCACGCAGUGGUGGGCAGCACCCUCCGGCUCCUCAACGCCUCCGCCAACAGGCACCUCUUCGACAGGGACGCCUUCCCCGGGGGCUGCGUCCGCUGCGCCGUGGUGGGCAACGGCGGCAUCCUCAACGGCUCGCGGCAGGGCAAGGCGAUCGAUGCCCACGACCUGGUCUUCAGGCUCAACGGCGCUGUGAUCAAAGGCUUCGAGGAGGACGUCGGGACCAAGAUCUCCUUCUACGGCUUCACAGUGAACACCAUGAAGAACUCCCUCAUUGCCUACGAGGAGUAUGGCUUCACCCAGAUACCCCAGGCCAAGAACCUGAGGUACAUCUUCAUCCCCUCGGAUGUCCGUGACUACGUUAUGCUGAAGUCAGCCAUCCAGGGCAGCCCAGUCCCCGAGGGUUCGGACAAGGGGGAUGAGCCACAGAAGUAUUUUGGACCAGAGGCGUCGGCAGAGAAGUUCACGCUGCUGCAUCCAGAUUUCUUGCAGUACCUGACAGCGAGGUGA